UUGCUGUGAAGGACCACCAAGCACUGGUGGCUGCAGAUUGGCUUUGGCCUCAUCACCCUCCACAGCAGGAGAAGCAUCUUCACUCCCCGGCAUCUGGGGCAUCCCCUGGCCAGCCAGGCAGAAUCCAUCCCCCUGCCACAGAGCACGGCAGCAAGUGAUGACCAUCAUGAGACCGAGCCCUGAAGAUGAGCCCCACCUGGACCUGGGCAAGAAGAUGAGCACAACACAGGACCUGAUGAUCGAGGAACUCUCCCUGCGGAACAACCGUGGCUCCCAGCUCUUCCAACAGCGCCAGAGGCGGAUGCAGCGCUUCACUUUUGAGCAUCCCAGUGGCUACAGGGAGCUCCCAGGGCCAGGGGGCUCACACCACACUGAGAAAAGCGAUGCAGAGGGAACAGCGAAUGAAGGGGUGGCAGGGGAGAACGCUGGGGGCCAGCAGAAUUAUCACUCUGAGCUCCACGUGGCAGCAUCGCCCCAGGGUGGCCCCCCAGAAGUGCCCAAGAAGACAGAGAAAGUCCUGCAGAUGAGCAAAGUCCUGAACCCCAGUGCCCUGGCCCCAGGGUACUCGAGCCCCCUCAAAGAAAUCCCCCCGGAGAAGUUCAACGUCACCGCCAUCCCCAAGGGCUACCGGUGCCCGUGGCAGGAGCUCUUUGGUGACAGGAAUGAUGCUGUGUAUGGCAAGAACCAGCCACCCAUGAGACCCCCUGCGUGGGACUUCAGGAGCUUCAACAGGACCCCAGCCCCGUUUGACAGGGCGGUGGUUGGGGAGCUGUUCUCCCUGCCCACUGUAGAGCUGGACAGCCUGAGCGCGCUGGAGGUGAUUUCCCAGCGGCCCAACUUCAACCGCGUGGCGCAAGGCUGGGUGCGGAUCCUGCCGGAGAGCGAAGAGCUGUAG